AUGGGCAGCGCCGAGAAACCCAGUUUCAGUGAAAUGAACAAAGACCUCGAUUACGAUGUCCUGAUCAUCGGGGCAGGCCUUUCUGGAAUAUACUCAUUAUACCGAAUGCACCAACUAGGUCUACGAGCGAAAGUCCUCGAGGCCGGUGGUGAUGUCGGUGGCACAUGGUACUGGAAUCGGUAUCCAGGCGCACGAUUCGACUCCGAAAGCUAUUCAUACAAUUUCUCGUUCUCACAAGAGCUUCUUGAUGAAUGGAACUGGUCUGAACACUUUGCGUCACAGCCUGAAACACUACGAUACUGCGAGUUUGUCUGCGACAAAUUUAAUCUUCGUCGGGAUAUGCAAUUCAACACUCGAGUUACAUCGGCACAUUUUCAAGACGGAGCCAAUGCGUGGCGACUUACUGAUGAAAGCGGUCGACAAUAUACAUCCCGAUUCCUGGUGACUUGCAUCGGUAUCUUGAACAACUACACUUUACCGAACAUCCCCGGCGUCUCGGAUUUCAAGGGAGAAGCGUUUCACACGGCACGCUGGCCUCGAGAACAGGUCAACUUUGAGAAUAAACGUGUCGCUAUCAUUGGUACUGGUGCGACGGGUAUACAAGCAACCCAGGAAAUUGUCAAGAGAGUCGGCCAUCUGACUAUCUUUCAGCGAACCCCAAACUGGAGUCUACCAUUGCGCAACACAAAAAUCACGCCUGACGAAAUGGAGGAAAUCCGAUCGAAUUAUCCCGAUAUCUUUGACAAGUGUUCUCAGACUUCCUCUUGCUUCAUGCACGUAUCAGAUACGAGAAGCACACAUUCACUCACCCCCAAGGACCGUGAGAAAUUCUGGAACGAUCUCUACGAGCAGCGUGGUUUCGCGAAAUGGCUCGGCAACUUCGGUGACAUCAACACCGACAAGGAAGCAAACGCACUUUUCAGUGAGUUCGUCGCAAAUAAAAUCCGGCAACGUGUUACAGACCCCGUUACGGCCGAGACGCUUAUACCCAAGUGCCACGGCUUCGGGACGAAGCGCGUUCCGCUGGAAUCGGGCUAUUUCGAGGCAUACAAUAGACCGAAUGUCAGACUGGUUGAUGUCAAGAAGGAUCCUAUUGAAUGCGUGACGGAAACUGGAAUCCGAACUCGGGAUAAGAAUUUUGAAUUCGAUAUGAUCAUCUAUGCGACGGGUUUCGAUGCCGUAACGGGAUCGUUCACAGCUAUUGAUUUCAAAGGUGUGGAUGGAAUUCAACUCUCGAAGCAGUGGGCGGAAGGUCCACGGACGCAUUUGGGUUUGUUUGUUGAGGGUUUCCCAAAUAUGAUGAUGGUCAUGGGACCGCAUCAGAUGUUUGGGAACAUUCCUCGCAGUAUCGAGUAUGCUGUUGGGUGGGUGUCUCGGUUUAUUGAAUUUUGUCGGGAUAAUGGUAUUACCUUGGCUGCGACUUCGCAUCAAAAUGUGCAUGAUUGGACUGAACAUGUGCACACUUGUGCUGAUGGGCUUCUGGCUAAUGAGGUGGACUCGUGGAUGACGGGCGUGAAUAAAAAUCUGGCUCAUAAGCAGAAGAGGAUUAUUGCACGGUACCAAGGCCCGGCUCCGGGAUAUAGGAAACUAGCGGAGGAUGUAGCUGCGAGGAAGUAUGCUGAUUUGACUCUGAUGUGA